CAACAUUGCUGUUUACAACAGGUGCAUGUGUUUGUCCUGGAGUAAUGGCUGAGUCAAGCUUCUUGGAGAAUCUCGAUAUUGAUGCACUGAGUCCAGAGCAGCAAGAAAAACUCCGGCAAUUCAAGAUACAGACGCGAAUCGCGAAUGAGAAAUAUUUGAGAACACAUCCAGAGGUGGAAGUCUUGCUGAGUCACUUUUUGCGGGAUGUAUUUUUGAAAAGACCUGUGGACAUUCGCGAGUUUGCUGCAGAACAUUUCACAGAUCCAGACCUUUCUCAGAAAAUUCAGUCUGAACUGCAGCAUGAUGACAAAUGAAACAUCUCAAUAAAGUAUUUAAAAUAUCCUGAA